GAGAACUAAAACAAAAAAAGGAAUUACAGAAAAUCUAUAAAAUAGCGGAAGAAAUAAAAGCAUUGUAAACAUGGCUGCACAAACAAUUUUGUUCGAUUUUACGGUAGACAAAGAACGUACAACGGAUGCUAAAGAACGCCAAGAAAUUGCUAAAUUGUUACGCCAAGAAUUAGAGCACAUUUUUCCACAGUUGAAUUUAAUGUAUCAAAUGCCCAUGGAGCAUGGUUAUUAUUGUGUUUUAUCUGAAAAUCAAGACACCAUUAUAACAAUGCGUAUCUUUCAACAAGGUUUGGUUACAAUUAAUGUGGAAUACUAUUUGGAGAAUGGCAAAGAGCCAUUAAUGUCAUUUGAUACCAUGCGAGCAAUGGAACUGAUAUUACGACAAAAAUUAAAUUCAGAUCGUUCCAAGUAUUUGCCGCCCAUCAAACGUGGUGGCUACAUUGAUAUCUACAUGACUAGCUCAGAUGAGCGCAUUAUUGAAUAUGAUAUUGAUUCGUUGCUGUAUGAGGCGCGUUCACCAUUCCAAAAAAUUCAGAUUAUGCACUCCAAGACAUUGGGCAACAUGUUAAUAUUGGACGAAUUGCAAAAUAUUGCUGAAUCAGAUUUAAUUUACACUGAAACAUUGAUGGGACGUGGCAAUGAGAAUUAUGAAGGUAAGGAGAUCUGCAUUCUGGGAGGUGGAGACGGUGCUUUGCUUUAUGAAUUACUGAAAGAGAAUCCUAAGCAUGUGGUCAUGUUGGAAAUUGAUGAAUUAGUUAUGCAAGCGUGCAACAAAUACUUGAACAGUAUCUGCGGUGAUGUCCUAGAGAAACGUAAGGGCGACAAUUAUGAAAUUAUUGUGGGCGAUUGCGUCGAAUAUAUGAAAAAAUUCAUAUCAGAGGGACGAAAAUUUGAUUACGUAUUUGGUGAUUUAACGGAUAUACCCAUAUCGGGCGCACCAAUCGGUGAAUGCUGGGAUUUUAUACGUACCAUACUUGAACAUUCGUUCCAUAUUUUAAAAUCGGAUGGUAAAUAUUUAACACACGGUAAUGGCACUAGUUGCGUUGAAUCACUAGAACUAUUUGAAGAGCAGCUACGUUUACUAAAACCAAAGGUGAAAUUUACAACUUCAAAAGCAUUUGUACCAUCGUUUAUGGAAGAAUGGCUCUUCUAUCAGGUCUCUUUAGCUUGACGAGCUCAAUCUAUUUCUAAGGAAUUUAAUUGCCAGCGACGACUACAUUUAAUUAAUACACAAAGUAAAUCUAUGGAGAAAACAUUAACUAAUAUUGAAGCGGCUUUCCCUCUAGCAGCGAAACUUGUUUGCGACAUUGAACAUAGACGCUUCCUUUAUCAUAGCUCAAUAUCCUAGUCUGGUUUACUAAUAUGCCUAACAUCUGCUCAUCAAUAUCAUUUAACCGUUGAUUUUAUAGUAUAUAAAACCUCAUUCAGGUGAUAAAAAUUCAUACCAAAUAUUUAACGAGUUCAUCACCCAAAAUACAAGACGAGUAAUAUGUUUAGUUUAAGAUUUUGUUUUUUGAUUAUGUAUCAAUUUUAGUAUGCUUAUAACUAUCAUCUAAGAAUAAAAGUAUACUAAGUUCGUCCUUCUGUGUGUAACAACUACAAGAAUAUGCAUCAGAUGCCCAACAAAGUAUGUACAUAUCUACCUAAUUAGCGUAUGAUUUUGAUUCCCUUUCGUCUGCCAAUGAUAAGUCAAUAUGCACUCCAUGUGCAUAUGGCGGCCACAUAUAAAGUUUAUAUAUAGGCGCUAUUCGCUCCCAGCCAUUUUCAUAAAGAAUAGAGAAAAACUAGAACGUAUGAUUCAUAGGUGAAAUUAAUCUAAAACUUGAAGCAAUGGCCUUAAUCCGCUUACAAGACC